GUGUGUUGUUGUUGAAGCAAUGAUGGCGGCGGCAGCGGGAUGCGGAUCAGCAACCGCGGCUGCCGUAGGAGGCCAAGGUGGAACCGCUACGGCCAGAGGUCGUUUCCCCGGUCGGCCUUGGUCAUCGCGCAGUCGUUUGCGCUCUGAGAAGCGAUGGCAACUCGGGCGAUCAAGCUCAGAAGCUGAUGAUGUGACUAACGUUGGGCCAAGGCCCGCAAACCUGGCUCUGUCGUUAAACGAAGACCAGUCUCACUUGCGCCUACUCGGGAUAGAGGCAAGCCACAAGAUCCUCGGCCAGGCUGGAUAUAGCUCUAGUGGAAGUGAAGAGGGUGAUGACUUCAAAGGAUUUGAAGCUGACAAACGACGCUCUGCAGAAUCUGUGAUGUCGCAAAAAAAAUCUUCCAAAGGAGAUGCUGUCAGCGCAAAAUCUAGAAGAAAAAGUGAGAAGCCACAACAAAAAGCGCCAGUGAUUGAUGAGGCUGUCCCACCUUGUCCCAUAAAAAAUGUAAAAGCUGUGGAGGAAAUACACGACAUAUCUCUUGAAACAAAACCAGCGAAGGAUUUAAAGAAAACUUCAAAAGGAAAAAACACUAUGGACCAAGGGUCGGCUAAAAGCAGAGCUUCAGCAGCAGCACCAAGGAUUACAAUAAAGCUGGUGGCCAAAAAGAAAGUGAAAACUAUAAAGGAGCCUCAGAAAAAAGCAGAUAAGAAGUUGAAGCUGAAAGACGUGCAGAAUCAGCCUGACAUUAAGGACAUUCAGGGAGAUCAGAUUUUAAGCGCCCACAUCAAGUUCAAAACCGAGUCGUACGAGGAUGAACUCAGCACUGUGGACAAAGGAGUGGGGAGCAUACCUACAAGGAGGCGUGGGAGAUCUGCUGUGAAGGCAACCGAGCCUGUAAGCCGGACUACUGCCAAAGUUGUGGUUGAUGACCAAAAAGCAAAAGAGAAAAAACUGAAUGAUGUAGUUAAGGACAGCGGGUCAGUAGAACAAAAUCUGAACACAAAGAAUUUAAAGAAAAAGAAAGCGGCCCCACCUCAGGGUUCCGAGGUUAAACAAGUGACUCGUAGAAGCACUAGAGUUACUAACCCACUCACUAAAAACAUAACGGACAGUGUAUCUGAAACAGAAAGUCUGAGUAAACCCGCUACAGUUCUGCCAGAGAUCAAGUCAGAAGUUUCACAAAAAGCUGAGGCCAAACCGGUGGUGGGGAGAGAAGGACGAAGGCAAAGCAGAAGACUAAAUAAAGAUAUUACAGUUCCAGAAAACCAAGAAUUAUCCAUAGAACCUGACAAUUCAGCCGCACAUGAAAGUUUGCCCAUUAAAAUCGAGGAAAUGAGGGUCCCAAAUAUAAAGUUAAUAAAGAUCAGAAACCCUAAAUUUGAUGCACAGGUCAGUGGGAAGACUUCGUCUCGUAAGAGAAAACGAAGAAAAUAUAUUUGGACUUUAGCAUUAGUCAAAGUUGGAAGUGAAACCCCACGGGCAGAAGAUACCCUCAAGGACCCAACAGAGACUGUGAGCAAAGUAGAUCAAGUCCCUCCUUGUGACACCAGUGCAAAGAACACAAAAGGACACGGUAAAAAAUCAGAACAUGAAAGUGCAGCCCCACUGGAAAUCAUUACAAAUGUUGAAAAGGAUCUCCAAACCAUGGCUGACUCUGAAAUAUCAAGUUUACAUGUGCAAGCUGAAGCAGAUCCUUCGCCUGAAUCUCCCACGCAAGAAAUUGCUAAAGCAGAUAGCGGGAAGGUACCACCUCUUCAGAUUAAAAAGGUCUCAUCUCCUGGCAAACACAAAAGCUCAAAGCCGUCUUUUCUGAUCCAGCAGGUUAACCCUGUGCAUGAAAAGAAAGAGGAACAUCUGACAGAUCCUCCAGAAGUUCAAGAGGAUAAGUCAUCUUUAGAGGAUGCUGAGGCCAGUCCUAGUAGAAGGCUAAGAAGAAGAGCAUCAAGCCUGGACUCUCCUCAGAAGAAAUCUGUCAGCCAAAAACCUAUGACCACUCAGAAACGAAGGUUAAGGAAAAGUCACCCAGAAGAAGAAAUGUCAGAGGUGAAAGCUGAAGUUUCUCCUCAGGUUUCAUUUGAACAGUCCACCCCUCAACUUCUUCCAACAAACCCAUGUCUGAAUUUGGAAGAAGACCCUCCAGAGGUAACCAGUUUAAACUCCUCUGAAGUUUUUGGAAAGGAAACUCUAAUAGUCGCUGACAGUCCCUCACAAACACCAGCUGAUGUUUGUUCUCAGACAUUGGAGAACCAGCAACAGCCACAGACUGAAGAGGCCAAACCAUUGCCUGUACCUUCCAAACCCAGAAAACCUAGAAAUAAUAAACAAGUGAAGAAGAAGAAAUCUGUUCAAAAGCAGAAGGCUGUUGUUUUGCCUGAUACCACAGUUGACGCAGCCCCCAAUGCGCUUGACUUUAUUAACCCUGAGCCCAUUCAGAUGGAAAAUGUUCAGCCUUCAGUCGAAGAGGUGAGUGAGCUAGAGGAAAAAGAUAGAGUGGAACCAGAGACCAGACAGGACCCUGUUUCAGUAGAAGUAGAAGAAAAGCAGAUACAACCAACAGUUAAAGAGGAACCAGACGUGCAAUCUAUAGACAGUCAGCAGUUGGGGGACAAUCAGCAGAUGGACAGUGAGCAGCUGUUGGACAGCCAGAAGAUUGUGGACAAUCAGCAGCCAGUGGUGUCCAAAAGUCAAACAAGUGAUCUAAUAACAUCCAAGAAAUCAUCCAAGAAAUCUAAAAAGAAACGUAAAACCUUAAUUGGUCAGCGUCAAAAGCACAGGCACAGAGGCAGUGAUGGAAAAUUUGCUCCACUUAAAUCCCCUGAAAGUCAAAGUACUUUUGAGGCUGAUGAUGACAGCUCUCCACUGCUGGCAGCUUCCACUCCACCCCGCAGCUCCACACUCAUUGGAGUACAGAAAAAGUACAAAAAGAAGCACACAAGGCUGCCUUUUGUUGGAGCUAAAAAACCCAAAUCCCAGUCUAAAAUCAUAUCCAAGUUGAUUGAUAUGGGAAUGGAGAAAGGUAGUUUGAAGCAAGAAGAAGCAGACACUCCAGUGAACUCGGGACAGCCGGAUGUUGCUAGUGCUCAGCCUUGCAAGUCGAAGUUUGUAAAAAACAUCAAGCACUUCAUUAUGCCUGUCGUGAGUGCAAGAUCCUCUCGAGUGAUCAAGACCCCACAGAGGUUCAUGGAUGACGUUGGAAUGUCCGUGUUGCCUCGAAGGCACUCUCCGAAGAAGGGUUUGCAGCUGGGCUUAAACAUUCGCCCGGGAAAGAGGCGAGACGAUGGGGGAGAAAUGCCGUUAUCUCCUAUCUUUCCAAUUGAUGAAGAGGAUAUUUUGAGUGAAGCUCAGCUGGAUGUUGAUCUUUUUUCAGCUCAGGACCUGGAGGACAGCAUCGAUUUAGCCGAUAGCCUGUUUUUUGACUGUAAAAGUGAGAAAAAUGAAAAGAAGAAAACUUCUCUAAAGAAUUCGAGCUUCAAGUGGAAUCUUUCUGAAGAUUCCUGCGAGGAGUUGUAUACACUGGAUAAAACCCCAGAGAGCAAAUGUGAGGAUCUAUUUUUAUCUACCACAGCAGAUAAGCUCCCAAAACCAUCGUCAGACCUCGUGGAUGUUCUGAAAAAGAAGAGUCCGCCCAAAUUUAACAAGCAGACAGCUCACCUGAAGAUUUAUCAGAGGUUAAAGAAGCCUGUAUUGGGACUUCCAAAAAGCAAAAUCACACAGGAGCUCGAGCCUGUGACGAAACCUGCCUUGCCUCCGGUUGAUUUAGCAGAGGGACUUGAUGACGAAGUCAUGAGCAUCAGUCUGAGACAGAGGGACACAGGUGUAGAAAAGGACAAGUCAAAAAUCAAGAUUGAAGACCUGGAUAGUCCAGGGGUGGUGAGAAAGGUUUCUGUCUGUGUUCGGACUCCUAAUUCCAAUUCAGUCGCAUUGAAACAAUGUGAAGAGGAAGUGUUGGCAGUAAAAGACACUUUCCAUCGUGGUUCAGGAGAGCUGUCUUCAGUACAGAAGUCAGGCUCAGGUGAUUGCGUUCCUCUGGGGCAUAUAGAGAAGGGAGCGCCACAAAGGGCACGCCUCACUAGUGCAAAUAAAAAAAUGUUGAAUCUCCUCAGGAAAGCAAAGGUUCAACUCAUUAAAAUCGACCAGCAGAAACAGCUAAAGUCCUCUGGGCUGUUAUCUGGCCCAGUGGAUUCAAGAUCUCAAGAUAUUGCCUCAAAAAGACAGAGAAGGAAGCAGAGGGCGCAGGUUCUUCGUCCUCAGGUUCCUGUCAAGACCGAGCCGCUUCAAGGACAACCGCAGCUCAUAUCCCCACUGUGCCAGGAGUUUCGUCGAGCAGGAGGUCCGCGGAUCAAGCACGUGUGUCGCGCUGCCUCCGUGGUGCUCGGCCAGCCCCGAGGCAUGGUACCCGACGACAUUCCCCGACUGAGUGCCUUGCCGCUGCAUGAAAGAUCUGGCAUCUCCCCGUCAGCUAUUACUAAAGAUAUUGGGUCUCCAUCAGAGUCAGACAGCCCAAGCCUGUUGGAUCCAAAGGCAACAAAGUCGAAAAAGACGUCGAAUUUCGCGAAGAAGAAAGGGCUCGGGCCGUUCGGGUACCGCUCUCGUAGGUGUGGCAUCUGCAAAGGCUGCAACCACGAGGAAGACUGUGGAAACUGCAUAAACUGCCUCGACAAGCCUAAGUUUGGUGGUCCCAAUACCAAGCGACAGUGUUGUGUGUAUAAGAGAUGUGAUCAGAUUGAAGAGAGGAAAGCACGUAGGCUUAGCGGCAGAACAGCUCCCAAAAGUUUGUCUAAGCGGAGGCGGUCAUCUCUUAGCGGGGGGUAUUCAAGCAACGAUGAGGGGAACGAGGGAGGCGGGGACUCUCCAUCUGGUCCCAACACAGACGGCCACAGUCCAUCAGUAAGGAAGCAGCCGAAGCGCGUCGUGAAGCCUCGAGUCUAUUUUGACCUUGUGGAUUAUGACUCGGAUCUCGACGACAAAGCUUUCUCUAGCUCUGCCUCACCAGCAAGGAGGAGGGGUGCUGGACCGCGCUUCAACCAAGACUUUGUGUCCUUGGACGGAUUCUUUGAAGACUUUUCAGAUGAUGAAGUCAGACACCGUAAAUCCAGCUCACAUCGGGUACCACAAGGUCGACGGAAACCUGAGAAGGCUCUUUCAUCCCAGGUUCCCUUGGAGCAGACUCCUCCCAGUGUCUUGGCUGCCCUUGCUCACGGAUUUGAGCAGCGGGAAGUUGAGUCUUCUAAACCAACUCACAAAAUCAGGCUGGACUUUAAGGAGGAUUGUACUUUGGAGAAUGUCUGGAAUAUGGGUGGUUUAAGUAUACUGACCUCUGCGCCUGUCAUGCCACCCUAUGUUUGCUUCCUUUGCGCCAGUAAAGGACAACAUGAGAUGUUGUACUGCCAAGUAUGCUGUGAACCCUUCCACCAGUUUUGCCUUGACCCCGCCGAUCGGCCCUCAGAGGACAAUAAAGAAAAUUGGUGCUGCCGACGCUGCAAGUUCUGCCAUGUGUGUGGUGGGAAAAACAAGCUCUCCAAGCCUUUACUGGAGUGUGAACGAUGCCAGAAUUGUUAUCAUGCUUCCUGCUUGGGACCGAACUUUCCAAAGCAAAACAAGAAAAGGAAAGCCUGGGUUUGUACGACAUGCAUUCGGUGCAAAAGCUGUGGCGUGACGCCUGGGAAGACCUGGGAUACUGACUGGAACCACGACAAAGGCCUUUGUCCAGACUGUUCAAGCCUCUUUGACCAGGGUAAUUACUGUCCAAUCUGCUACAAGUGUUAUGAAGACAAUGACUAUGAUAGUCAGAUGAUGCAAUGCGGCUCAUGUAACCACUGGGUGCAUGCCAAGUGUGAGGAUUUAACAGAUGAGCUGUAUGAGAUCCUGUCCAGCUUGCCAGAAAGCGUGGUGUAUUCCUGUCGGCCAUGCAGUGUCACCCAACCCAGCGCCUGGAGGGAGCUUUUGUACAUUGAGCUCAGAGCAGGCGUGGAGAAGGUGUUGGCUUGCCUACUCUCUUCCACCCUCACCCAGCACCUUGUUACAUGCUCACAGUGUGAAAAGUUGGUUGACCCUGACAGUGGAGUUGAGAACCAGCCAGCCUGUGACCUCCGAGCUGUUGGCAAAAAGUUUGACAAAGGCCUGUACACCACGCUAAAAAUGUUCCAUGAAGACGUGGUUCAGGUGAUCCGAAAAAGGCUCGAACAAGAAGAUCAUCUCCCAGAGGAGCAAAGACCCACUGCCCUGGCACGCUCCUACUACCUAAAGCUCCUUGAAGAGGUAUUUAACUGGUUUAACAGCCAAGACCCAAAGUUGUGGAACCUUUCUACCAAAAACUUGCCAGCAGGGUUGCUGUCAACUGCUGUUCAUCCUCCCACAACGGAGCAUGUUUACGCCCAGUGGCAGGAGAGGAAGGAGCUGUUGCCCAGGCCCCCACUGGGCCUCCUUCAGGAUGACAAUGGACAACACAUCAUGGACAUAAAGGAGGAGGAAGCAGCUUCUCCAAUGUCGGGGGAUUCAAUAAGCCGAAACCACUUUAAAAAUAGCCGAAUAGCCAAACUCAAAGGGAAAAGAGGCAGGCUUUCAAAAGCUGAUUUGGACACUGGGUGGUCUAAAGAGGACGAAAGGCAGUGCUCCUUGUGCCAAAAAUAUGGAGACCUCAAACCUAACGAGGCUGGCAGACUGCUGUACCUCGGCCAGAACGAGUGGGCACACGUCAACUGCUGUUUGUGGUCUGCUGAAGUCUUUGAAGAAGAUAAUGGCUCUCUGCUGCAUGUACACAGCGCUGUGACAAGGGGGCGACUGAUGCGAUGUGAGCGCUGUAAUCAGACGGGUGCCACCGUGGGCUGCUGUCUGACAUCUUGUCAAAGCAACUACCAUUUCAUGUGUGCACGCUCACGGCAGUGUGUGUUCCAGGAUGAUAAAAAGGUCUAUUGCCACAAGCACCGACAUCUCAUCAGUGGCAGGAUGAUCACUGCUCAAGAGUUUGAAGUAAACCGCAGAGUGUAUGUGGAUUUUGAAGGGAUCAGUCUUCGCAGAAAGUUCCUGACCGGACUGGAACCAGAACUGAUCAAUGUGAUGAUCGGUUCUCUCCAAAUUGACAAGUUGGGAAUGCUGUCUGAACUUUCAGCAAGCAAAGGCAAACUGUUUCCUGUCGGUUUUCAGUGUUCCCGGUGGUACUGGAGUACACUGAACCCACUGCAACGGUGCAGAUACACGUGUAAAAUUCAGGAGGUCCGGCCCGUCAUCCCAGAGAAGCCUGUUGAAGAAAUGCCGGACCAGGGAGACAAUCACACUAUUGCUCACAGCCCACGUCAGCUACCUGUAUCUGCAGUCCAUGAGGCUGAGGAAACAGAGCCCCAUCACACUGCAGAGGAAUCCCUUGUUCCAGGUCUUCCUACAAAGUCUGAUCACAGUACAAAGCCAAAAAUUCCCAAUCAUCCACUUUAUAGGAGACCAGCUGGAGGUUUGUCCCGUCCUCUGCCGUGCCCAGGUGUAAUCCAGACAAAACCCCACCACAUCUUGACCAUAAGUGAUCUGGAAGAGACCCGAAGAGCUCGUCGCCACAGCCCACACUCCCAGAACCCAGGCCUACGGAGUCGCAUGUCACCUCCUCCGGUUGCUCCUCUAUCUGGACCCGUUACCCUCCGUGCCGGCAAACCUCCUCAUCCCACCUCCCCUCUGUUUCCGCUUGGUGUUUCAGACAACCUGAUGAAUUCAUCCCGCUCAGUUGGAGGUAGAACCGCUUCCUCUGGCCGCACCACAUCGUUCUUCCCUCAAUCUCACUGGCAGGACAGCACAGCCUCCAUGCAGCAGUUGCCAAGAAACCGCCUUUCGUUUGAUCUGAGUGGCUCAGACUCAGUUGAUGUGCCGCACAACUUUUUAGCUUCGCCGGAACCUGAAGACAUCUCGCCAGCAAAUGGCACUUCGCCCCAUGGAGACAUAGACAAGCACGACGACCAGUUUCCCUAUGGUUCCUUUCACAGAGAUUCCGGCAUGAGUCUGGGCGAGGAGAUGCGGACAGAGCUGGAGAUCGAAGAAACACUUCUGAAUGAAGGGGUGGCUAUGAACUGCGGGGGGCAGAUAGUGGUGGAAGGUGAUGAUGUUGAGCAGUUUUGGGGAAGACCCAAAGAAGUACAUAAGAAGAAAACCCUUAUUGCAAAUCUUCCAAGUUCUGCAGCCUCAGCAAAGGAAGACUUGGGAAGCACCUCCUCGGAUGAUGAUAUGGAGCACUAUUUAAACUUCUCACGAACUGUAGUCAGCUGCUCGGUACCCAUAGAGCGAUCCAAGUCUCCUUCCACUUCUUCAACCCGGCCCUUGGCUCAGCUGGAUGGGAUUGAUGACGGUACUGAGAGUGACGCAAGCGUAGCAGCUACCGAUGAUGCGCAGAAAGUUGAUGGACGUGGUAAAAAUCAGAUACAAAGAAAAGACAUUAAUACAAGUUCUGCUGAAAUCACAAACCGCACAAGAUUAGCUAAUCUGUCAUUUGAUCAUAUGCAAACAGAAGCUCAAGUUGCAAGAAAAAGUACGACUGACAGUCCCGCCGCCCUAUGUCAACCAAUACCCUGUGAUGCCACCAACACUCCUUUAUUAGACCAGGAAUCUAUACUUCCUACUCCAAAUGUUGAGUCUCUUCCUAACUUACUCACCAAGGUGCCUGAGACAGCCUAUUCAGAGGAGUUGUUAUUCGGUUCCAGUUUAGGCUUUGCCUCUGAAGCGCCUCUUGUUCUUGAGAGAUGUGACGGUAGCCCAAGUUUCACUGAACUACUUCCUGUUUUACAAGGAACUGAAAACCAAGAGUCUGAAACCUGUAAAGCCCUGAACUCAGAGUCUGAUGGUCCCAACUUUGUCUCUUCAGUUGAGGGCUCUGCUGUUUUGAUGAACCAUAUAGCAUCAAAUCUGAUUGAUUCAGUUGAUAAUAACCAGACCUCCAUGUUGGGCCUCAUCCAGCCCUCCCCUUUCUUGUCUACAGAUGUACAAAAUCCCUCGCAGUGUCUCGUAGAUUCUCUCGAGGUGUAUCCUUGUUUACCUGGUUUCAGUCAUGCUCCUCUGACCAGUAUUACACUUCAGCCAGUGACAGCAGCUCAAGAAUCAUCUAGCUUCCCGUGCAUCGAGCCUUUGUCCACUAAACUUACAACCCUCACUCCUGUAGAAGAUAUUUCCCAGACGCAACUAAAUGACCCUCAGAAUGAUCCAGCAUUACCAGCUAUUUUCGGGACUGUUUCCCCAGCUAAAACUUGUGCAGCUCUGUUCACCGCUCAAACACUGCCUUUCAGUCCGGUCACCACCGUUUCUUCCACUGCUUCUGGAUCGACUCUUCCCGGGCUGUUGACACAGUGUUCAGCCACUCCGAUGCAGCUGCAGAGCACCUCCGCUCCUGUGGUCCUAAACGGUUACAGCUCCUCUUCUGUGCAGAAGGAAGCCACAUCCAGUCACACGAUCUCCAUCAACUUCUCCACUCCCAGGCCUGCCAUUGAACCUCACCAGCAGGUGACGCCCCAGGCUUUACCCGGCCAUGCCAUCCUCACAGUGAAGGAGGUAGGCGGUCCGAAUGUUGAUCCCACACCUCAUGUGCUGCUGGUGAACCGCCUCGGGCAGAUCUUUGUAAAAAACCCUGAGAGCAACACCUUCCAGCUUCCCACUCCUAAUUCCCCGUCCUAUAACUGUGUCACCCAGAUUGCAAGCCUUUUGCAGAGCAACGCGCUUUCAGCCACGCUUGCCGCAGCUGGGAACAUGACAGCCCCACUACCCGGUGCCAAUGUGGUGGCAGUUCCUGCUUCCUCCACACCUGCUGCUCAGAACCCAGCCACAGUUACACAGCUGCUCACCCACAACAGCAACGGUGCUGUGGCCUCAUCAAAUUCGAAAAAGUCGAGAAAAAACAUGAAAACUCCAAAAGAUGAAGCAGUCCCUGAGCCGGAAAAACCAAAGAAGAAGAAGGAGUCCAGUUCGUCCAGAAGAUCCAAGUCCUCCAAGGCUGCAGUACAGCCUGCCUUAUCCACUGAAAGCCACCCGAUGAGUCCCGCUGAGAGUGCCCAGGCAAUCAUCAAUCAAGCAAUGGCAAGUAACUACACCCCCAAGUGGAGCGGGCUCCGGACAAUGAGUCCUUCCUCACUGGUUUUACCACCCGGCCUUCUAAUUGAACCUGAAUCCCCGGUGUCACCACGCUCUCCUUCACCACCACCCCCUCCGCCGCCACCUCCAGCACCUCGCCCUCGCUCCCACGUCCGCAUGAAGAGAGUGUCUUCCCUCUCGGACCGCAUUGUCACAAAGAAGUGUAAAGUCGACUUUCUACCACCAGAGGGCAUCAGUGAGGAGGAGGAUCCCCAGAAGGCAGCUUUUCCAAGCCUGUCCAGCAGGGCCUCUGGAGUUCGCAUCAAAACCCCAACAGUGAAGGGGGUCCUAAAUCUGGAUGAGUUGAAAAAUGAGCAUCUUAGUGAUUCUGAUAGCUCAGGAUCUGAGCCUUGGAGCUACUUGUCUCAGGGUGAACCAGGAAGACAGCAUGCAAGGGAAGUGGUGGGUCACAUGAACCUGGCAGACUGGAAGAAAUACUCAGGUUCUGCUUUCACAUCCGAUGAUGAGCCGACACCAUCUGAUGACGAUGAAGGAUGUCCAACGAACAAAGAUCAGCCACAUCUGCGAUUUGAGAUUACCAGCGAUGAUGGUUUCAGUGUGGAGGCCGACAGCGUUGAGGUGGCCUGGAAAGCCGUGCUUGAUGGUGUGCAGGAAGCCCGAGCAAUUGCGAGGCUCAGGCCUCUAGCGUUUCAGAAAAUCACAGGCGCUCGCAUGCUGGGACUGAUCCACGAUGCCAUUGUGUUUUUGCUGGAGCAACUUGAAGGAGCCCACCGCUGUCAGCGACAUACUUUCCGUUUCUUCAAACAGUUCAGCCAGGAAGACGACCUGCCAGUGAAUCCCACCGGCUGUGCCCGCUCUGAGCUUUAUGUUAGGAAGUCUACAUUUGACAUUUUCAACUUCCUGGCCUCUCAGCACAGACAGCUUCCUGACAUCGGCCUUUAUGAUGAUGAGGAAGAUGAAGUUCUUCUGAAGUCCACAAGACGGGCUACCAGUUUGGAGCUGCCCAUGGCCAUGCGUUUUAGACAUCUGGAGAGGACGUCCAAGGAGGCAGUCGGAGUCUACAGGUCUGCGAUUCAUGGACGGGGUCUGUUUUGCAAGAGGAACAUUGAAGCCGGAGAGAUGGUCAUCGAGUACGCUGGCAUCGUCAUCCGCUCAGUGCUCACCGACAAAAGAGAAAAGUACUACGAUGGCAAGGGUAUCGGCUGCUACAUGUUCCGCAUCGACGACUUCGACGUGGUGGACGCGACCAUGCACGGCAACGCGGCCAGGUUCAUCAACCACUCCUGCGAACCCAACUGUUACUCGCGCGUGAUCAACGUGGAAGGCCGGAAGCACAUCGUCAUCUUCGCGCUUAGAAAAAUCUACCGGGGCGAGGAACUCACCUACGACUACAAAUUCCCCAUCGAGGAUGCCAGCAACAAGCUCAACUGUAACUGUGGGGCCCGAAGAUGCCGCCGCUUCCUCAACUGAUUACGCUGUUAGAUUAAAGAAAAAACAAGUAGUGGAUCCUUGGUCACUAGUAAGCCUUAAAACUAAGGUGGCAAGCAUCGGUCUGCACAGUCUGGAAUGGGAAUAACCACUAUGAGACUGACUGGAGACACACGGCUAGUCAGGAAUUAUCCCGGGUUUGGAAAAUAACAAAAUUCCGACUUUUGGAGCGUUUCCUGCCUCACACUUUCAAAAUUUUGUGGGAAGGAACACACAUUCACAUUCAGCUGCUGCAGCAGUUGGCAAGGAAGUGGUUUUUGAUAUUUAUAACUCGAUGCUUGAAGCAGAAGCAAAGAGGGUAGAUCGUUUAUUUUAAAUGGAGGAUGCCAAAACUCAUCAAGCCUUAUGUGUUUGAAUCAUUGCUGAAAAUCUAUCGCUAAUCUUGGGUUCCUGAUACGUUUGAUUCCUUUUUUGGGAGGAAUUCAUCAACCUGUAGUACUCAUGUGUUCACGAUUCCUCCGUUUAAUAUUUCUUGGUGGCGGUGCAUUAUAGCCCACCUGUGCAGUGGUGAUGUCUGUUUUAUUUUUUGGCUUUUUUUUUUUUUUUUUGGUUUUGUUUUUUUGAGCCAUACAUUCACCCAAUCGUGUAUUUGUGUGUUUUAAUUUACUUAUAAUCAACAUUUCUUUUUCUUUUUUAGAUGUAAAUUUUGUUUAUAACUAAACAACCAUGGUGCUAAAGCUUUGAAAGCUUUCUUUUUCUUUAGUUGGACUAAAACGUCUUGAGAAUCAGGAAUUGUUUAGCUGUAUAUUCUCCCUGCUAAGUUCACCAACGUUAAACUUUAUGCACUUAAGCAUUACUCCUAAAAUCACUGGUGUGCCGAGAUUUUCUGAUUACCAUCAAGGGUCCGCUGGUCUUUAUCCAGUCUUCAGCUCUAAGUUGGAUGUCGUAAUGUGCCGGUAAUAUAGUGUCAUAGAUAUAAAGACAAAAAGUGUGUCUUAGAAGACAUGGUAUUUGCUCUGCGUAUGUAGCAAACACUACCCAAGCCAAAAGUGAAGAUUGGUGGAGGGGAGGGAUUUUUUUAAAGUGUAUAUUUUAUUCUUUUCUCUGAUGCUCGUAUUUUUUUUCCUACUGCAAUAAGACUUGGCAGCCUGGCGCUUGCACACGAAUAAACAUCACCAUCAAAACAUUACCUUCAUCUUUCUGAGACCUGCUACCAGUUUGCCUAGAAGUCAGGGAGAUCACUGGGGGAUAGAAGCAUUGCUACUGAGCGCUUGCAGUCGGCGCGGAGCUGAUAGGGGCAUCCUGCACCUUUUUUUCUUUUUUUUUUUUAGGGGGGAAGAAAAAGUUAAAUGUUGUAAGUUGAUGUUCAGUGCUGUUAAUGGCGAGGCUAAAUCGAAAUCACGCUGUUCCGCUUGUUAAUUGUAUUUAUUCACGUUCCGAUUUGUGUUUUUAUUAGUAAAAUGUCGUGGUGUGUGUAAUGCGGUGGCGGUCUAGUGUACUGAUAGAUUUCCCUCCUGUUUCGCAUCUUUCUUUUGUUUACAGAUGAUGUCCUUUGUUUCACUUAUUUACUUGAAUUCUCAUUUCAGGUGAUUGUGUCAUACAUUUAGGCCUUUUAUGACUACCUGAAACAGCUCUUUUCUUUUUUUUAAAAAAAGAAGCAUUUUUAUUAAUUUUAUUUUUUUUAUUGUAGAAUACUGUCUUAGUAUCAGCCACAGGAGUUAAAAGUGAGCACUAUUUGCCGAAUAAAACCUACCCUCUUAUAUUUUUACUCCACCCUUUCUGUUUUAGAGACUAAACUUAGCAAAUUGACAUCAUGUUUUCUCUCAUUUUCUCAUUCGCAUGACCUACGCUGGGGUGGAGCCCAGACUAGCAGAGCAGGGUCAGUCCUAACUCCGUGCAAGGAUUUCUACCUCAGCUGCUUAAACAGAUAUUUUGGGAAUACUGAUGCAAAAAGAGACUUUGAUUUAAAAACUAAAAAGCUCGGUUUUAAUAUUCGUGUGUGUGUGUGUACACUGUGUUUUUCAUUUUUUUUUUCUGUGUGCAUGGAAUGAAGACUGCAGAAGUUAUGACCAUCUCUCCCAGGAUCUGUUAAGAAAGCUGUAUGUUAUAUAUACACACCUAUAUAUAUAUAUAUAUAUAUAUAUAUAUAAUGAUAAAUCUAUAAAGUAGGGUUAUUUUAAAGUGUAAAGACAUAAAAAUGAGAAAUUGUGCUCUUUAAAUUUACGUCUUUGUUACCAUGUACAAAUAAACCCUGAGUUUUGUAAAUAUUUGUAUAUACAUUUCUAAACCUGUUUAAUUUUCUAUGCACUUUUUUUAUUUAUAAUGUUACUUGCUUAAUAAAGAUGUUAAGAUGUUUGAA